AUGGCUUUAUCCAACCAACGCCCAAUUGAUCCUGGACAGAGUCCGUCUGGAUCAGUUCAACGAACCAGCAGUCGGAAGCGCAAGUCCCACGAGUUUCUUGUUCUAGAUGAAGAGAUGAUGGAGCAGGAGGAGAAGAGAUUAGCAGAAAGAGAAAGGAAGGAUAAACCAAAAGAUACAAAGGAACGUGAUGUGUUGAAGAGGCAGCGGAAUUCGAAUCGAAACAAAGGGACUAAGGCUAAAGGAACCCAAACCAAACAGAACGAAGACGAAGAAGACAUGGCCAAAAAACGUGUAACAACGAAGAACAAGGCCAAAGAUAAACAUGGAGAAGUUACAAAUAAUCUUCGUGAUAAAUACGGGGCUGUGAUUCAUCCAGAUCCACACCAAUGUUCAUUACUAGAACUCAGCUCAAAAGGGGAUUCCAUGGAGCUCUACGAAUUUGAAAUGCCUCAACAUCACGGAGAGGAUAAGGAUGGCCCAGAAUUCAUUGGUGUUCCAAACACUGGUGAGCGUUCCCCGACGCUCAUGCCGGAAUUGUGGAAAGACGGGGAAAGACUAUACCCACACGAGGGGUAUGAAGAAAAGGUUACUCAGAAAGAAUUUGACGAGUGGGUUGGACCAUAUUUCAAGAAGUUGACGAAUGAGGAAAAAGUGUUUUUAGAAGACAAGGGUGACAUGAAGACACCUUUCAUCAUCCCAGACCUGGGCCUACACUAUUCUAAGACCUGGGCAGAGGAAGAUGGAUUAGCAACUCCAGAAGACAAGAAACCUUCUGAGUCACCCCCGCCGACCCCAAAGGAUGGAUCUCUUCCACCGGGGCAUUCCUUCAGGCCAUUGACUGCACGUCUCUUUGCGCUUCUUCUUCCAGAAGAUCGGGAAGGCCCCACCAAUACAGACUCAGAGAGUGCCAAUAAUCUUUCAGGCUCUCAGCCGGAUCCAAAUGCAUAUACCACCACCAUGCCAGGCCUAGAAGAGCUAGAUCUUGUUGCGGAUGGGCCUACCGAUGAAAGACUCGCUCAGGAGUUGCGUUACAUUGGAUUUUUUGACAAAAACACCACAUAUGCUUGGGAAACUGGUAAAAAGAAAAGGACCGGCGAUGAGACCGACGAAGGGUCCGAGGAUGAAAUUGAUGAAGAGGCUGACGAUGACACUGACAAAGAAUCCGAGGAUGACAUUGAUGGAGACACAGACGAGAAGACUGACGAAGAAACCGAGGAUGAAACUAGUGAAGAGGCCGACGAUAGCGUGGGCGAGAAACCCACGGAUGAAGUUUCAAUGCGCCUAAAAGAACUUCAGGGCAUUCUCCGAAACCAAUGUGUUCUAAACAUUGCAAGAAAGACAAGAAUUUCGGGGAAGAUGGAGCGUCAUAUGGUUCACCAAGAGCUACUACGGCGCUUUGAACCUCUGGAUAAAAAGAUCAAUGAUGCAUCGAGCACAUUCAUUAAGAAGAGUUUAACUGUGGUUAAGAGAUUUCAAACAAUGAAUAAAAAAGGUGCGCCUGCAACCCGCCGUGGGAAGAGAACUGGCUUUACUAAAAAACCAUGGCCGAUACCGGAACCUAUCCGGAAAACAAUGAAAGAAAGGAAGCUUUUGGUGAGAACCAGCGAAGCAGCACUCAAAGGCGGAACUCUAGGUGCCUUGCCUAUUGAAAACACAUUCGAGGAGAUGGGUGAUCUCUUGAAGAAGGUAGAGGAAGAACUGGAAGCCAGUGCUGACCAAGUAAUGGUUGAUUGUAACUCGUCCGAGGGGGGAGGUGAGGAAUGGGAAGAUGAAGAUGAGGGAGGAGAGGGGACUAAGAGGAAGAGAAAGGAGAAAGAUGAUGAUGAUUACUAUGAGGAGGAAGAGAAGGAGAAGGGCAAGAAAGAGGAAGAGGACGAGGAGGACGAAGAGGACGAGGGUGAAGAUGACGAGGAAAGUGAGUCUUGGGGGGAAGAUGAUGAUGAUGACGAUUACAAGGGACGCGUAUGUGGAUUGUAG